CAUUUCGCAACAAUACCUACACAAUUGAUUGAAUCAUUUCAUCCUCUCUAUCUACCAAUUGCGCGUCACUCUGGCCUGUAUUGUUUUCCAUUCGAAGCCUCGUAACCACACAUCGAGACCAUGACUUCCAGUUUGGCUUCGUGCAUCUUUUGCAAGAUCAUCAAGGGUGAUAUUCCUUGCUUCAAGCUCUUUGAGAGCGAUAAGACACUGGCUUUUCUCGAUAUCAACCCCCUCAGCCGUGGUCAUGCUCUGGUCAUCCCCAAGCACCACGGCGCCAAGCUAUCUGAUAUUCCCGACGAGCACCUCGGCGAAAUUCUCCCUGUUGUGAAGAAGCUCGUUGCCGCGACUGGCGCUACGGAUUACAACAUCCUCCAGAACAAUGGCCGCAUCGCUCACCAAGUCGUUGACCACGUUCACUUUCACAUGAUCCCAAAGCCCAAUGAGACAGAGGGUCUGGGCGUCGGCUGGCCCCAGCAGCAGACUGACAUGGAUAAGCUUAAGGCCCUUUUUGAGGAUAUCAAGUCCAAGAUGUAAAAAGAACCAAUCGUGGCAUAUUCGACACCCCACUUCAAUCCGGUAGCGGGGACGCCAAAUCCCAUUAUAUAA